AUGCCCAGUGCUGCACGGCCGGCUGCAUCGAAAGUCUCAGUGCGUGUGAGUGUGGUGGUCAACGAGGACAACUCUCCUGCCCCUUCGCCUCGAGCGGACACUUCUGAGUGGGAAGUGGUGACUGCUCCUCCCUCGCGGGUCUUGGCCCCUGCCCUUUGUGCUCGCCUAGCGGCUAGGCUUACGUCUCGGGCGAACCUGGACUCUCCACAGGCCAGAGUGGAAGCCGCGUUCGCUGCCGGGGUCCAGUGUGAAGUUUCUUUGGCCGAGGGCACCGAGAUAGUCGGGCCACCGAGCGUGGGCUUGCAAAACACUUGCUGGUUAGGUGUGAGACCGACUGGUGAUUUGUGGUGGACCGGCAAGCGGCGGAUCGCGGAUCAGAUCUUGAAGAAGGAGGCUAGCACGUGGCUGUUGGCAUUCGCGUCCCAGACAGAGGAGAUGGAAGCCAAGUCCAUCCCCGAUGUGACCUCGGACUUAGGGCUAGUGUGCCAAGUGGAUGUGCCAGGGUUCCUGGCCGAUGGACAGGAAGUGGAGAUUCCGUUCCUGCUCUUCGAUUGGCCGACUGCUUGUUUCAAGUUCCUACGAGUCGUCACCACAGGUUCCUGGCCCACGGGCACAGUGUGGCCGAGGCAUGGGGAAGCAGAGGUGACAGUGGACCGAGCAAGUCUAGUGGAGAAUGCGCGCAGCUGGGUAGAGGAAGGAGAGAUGCCUUUUUCCGACGCCUACCACACAGCCCCAGAAGCCGAGCCGAGAGUAGGCAUGGGGGACGAUAUGAUGCGACAGCUGCUGGCACAGAUGCAACAGACUGCUUCUAUGGUGGAGCAUCUACGAACCGACUUGGAGCAAGUCAAGAAGGGAGCGGCUUCCGCAGAGCCUUCUGCGCCGCCUACUGGGCCACAACCCUCGGCCUUGGCCAAAGUCAAGGCACUCACAGGGGCAGCGCCCAAAACGCGUGCCCUGCCGACUGCAGCUGGGGUCGGAGUUCUGCCCCGCGAAGAGGCGGCCCUGGUCAAACUUCUCACCAAGGGCGACGAGAAGAAGAGAUCUGCUCUCACCCCUGGCCUUCCCCUGCACGGGGAGUCGGAUUCGGACGAGGAAGACCCUUUGCGCAGACUUUCUGGCGCGAAGGGCACAAUGUUGUUGGAGCGUCUCCGCGCUUCAAUGGAGUCCAAUCCUGGUGCCUACACUGCGGCAAUCGAGACAAUGGCUGCCCAGGUUCUCGGCGAGACCAGCCCCAACGCGACUACGAUGGAGCGCUACGCCCGGGAGGAGUUGCCCAUGGGCUCAGAGAAGAGCCUGGGAUACGCUGCCUGGAUCAUGACCCGAGCCAUCACUUCGAUGAAAGCAGGCCAUUCAGAGAAAGCCCAUCUUAUCCUGAUGUUGGGGCUGGCGGCCAUCGAGCAAUACCGCCUGGAUGGCAACUGGUUGCGUGCGGACCAUGCGCAUUCGAGGCUGGUUCAUUCCACAUGGACUGCAGCAGUCAUCGCCAGACUUCGCGACGAAGAGAUCCUGGUGAAGAGGCGCUUCAAGCACGACUCCAACAAGAACGAGGACACACCCCCGCAGAGGCCUGGAAAGGGGCGGCCCCCCGGAAAAGGCCAACCGAGCGAAGCAAGCAACAAGUAG